AUGAAGAAGUACUUGUCUCUUGGAGCCCGCACAAGUUUCCUGCUUGGGAUUUUCUUCAUGUUAAUUGUGAUGGGCAGAAGCCUACGUGCGAGGCCUCACCUCCCUUUGAACCUUCAAGCAGAAAUCGUUACCGGUAACAGAGUCAGAGUUCGAAUGCACCUUGAGGAAGGAGCAAAGAAAGAAGAGAACAUGGAGCUAUACCCAUUUGGGUCGAGCUUGCCGGACUGUUCACAUGCUUGUGGACCAUGCUUUCCAUGCAAAGAGUGA